AUGUUCGCAGUCCCAGGUUGGAAUCUCUCCGCGCCGCUGAAGGCCGAAGCGCCCGUCCCAAAGGCGGGUAGCGCCAACAACUCGAAGAAGCGCAAGAGGAAAGAGGGCAGGCAGCAGGGUGCACAGGUCAGCGGGGAGAAUGUUGGCGACAUGUGGGCACAGGUGGUAGAAGGCACAGCGGCACCUGCCGUGCAGGAGAAGGGUGUGGGUGACGACAGCAAGAAGAACGAGGGCAAGAACAAAAGCAAGAAGCAGAGACGGGAGUCUAACGGCGAGGGAAAGGUAGAGGAGAACAAAGUCGAGAAACAGCAGGAUUUGAAGAUGGGCGAGGGCAAGAAGAAGGGCAACAAGCAUGAGAAGAAGCAGAAGGAUAAGCAGCAUGGCAAGAAGCAACAUGACGCUGCACAAGCUACUGCUGAUAUCACGGCUCCCGCGAUUCCAGCCGUUCCGCCGGCGCUCCCGCCGAUGAAUACGAAGCUUACGCCUCUCCAAGCCAAGAUGCGCGAGAAGCUGGUUGGCGCGCGCUUCCGACACCUGAACCAGACGCUCUACACAACGCCGUCCCAGCACUCACUCAAGCUCAUCGACGAGGACCCGCAAAUAUUCAACGAGUACCACGCUGGCUUUCGCCAGCAGGUCGCCGGCUGGCCGGAAAACCCGGUCGACACUUUCGUCUCGCUCGUGCAAACGCGUGGCGCUGUGCGCGAGAACUGGCGUGACAAGAUCCUCAAACGCAAGGAAAAAGAGCACACGUCUGGCCGAUACCGCAAGCCGGGAGAAAGGCCGUCGGACGAGGCCGAGGACAGCGACGAGGAGGAGCAGAAGCGUGUCGCGGCGGCGGCGGCGCACCAACUGAAGCCGUUGCCACGCACGCGCGGCACCAGUAUCAUCGCAGACCUGGGCUGCGGCGACGCGGCGCUGGCAACGAAGCUGCAGCCGCAUCUGCAGCCACUGAACCUGCGCGUCCACAGCUUCGACCUCGCUGCGCCCAACCCGCUGAUCACAAAGGCGGACAUUGCAAACCUGCCGCUGCCCGACGGCAGCGUCGACGUUGCCGUCUUCUGUCUGGCUCUGAUGGGCACCAACUGGCUCGACUUCAUCGACGAGGCGUGGCGCGUGCUGCACUGGAAGGGCGAGCUGUGGAUCGCCGAGAUCAAGUCCCGCUUCGGCCGCGUCAGCAACACUCGCGAAAAGAAGGUCGUCGACCAUAGCGUCGGCAAGCGCCAGAAGAAGAAGGUCGAGGCCGCUCGCAAGAAAAGUGGCGCCGACAAGAAGGACAAGGAGGCUGCCGCGCAAGAGGAAGAAGAGGAGCUCGCUGUCGAAGUCGACGGCGCCGCCAGCGGCAAGCAGGAGACGGAUGUCUCGGCCUUCGUCGAGGUUCUGCGUAAGCGCGGCUUCGUGCUGGAUGCCCCGGAUCCAUCGCGCGAGCGUGACGCAGUUGAUCUGCGCAACAAGAUGUUCGUCCGCAUGAGCUUCAUCAAGGCCACUGCGCCCGUCAAGGGCAAGAACGUCAAGGCGAACGAGGAGGUCUAUGCCGAGAAUGCGGCCCGCCUGGCUGCUGAGUCGGGCAAGACGUUCAGGAAGAAGGAGGCCAAAGCCAAAUUCAUCGAGGCUGAGGAUGACGGGAUUGACGAGUCGGCGGUGCUGAAGCCUUGCCUGUACAAACAGCGAUAG